AUGACCAAGAUUGAAGAUCAGAUCAACCAUGGAGCCAUAGCAGCCUACGUCUCCAAUGUUUCCCCCCAAGGCACCAAAUUCCACGUCCUCGAAGUAGGCUGGCUGGAAUGCGACGAAGGAUACGUCCUCCGCGGCGGAAACUCUAGCGUCAAGAGCACCGAAGGCCAUUCGUCCGUCAACAAACGGCGCGAAUUACCCAUGUACUGCAUAUUGAUCGAUCAUCCGGAAGAGGGCCUCAUACUCUGGGAAACUGGCUGCGGAAAGAACUACCCUCAGGUUUGGGGUCCUGCUCUGUCGGAUGUCUUCGCACGUGUGCGCUAUGAGCCCCAGCACGAGCUCCGUGCGGCCAUCGCGGCGACGGGCCAUAAUAUUCAAGAUGUCAAGAAGGUAAUCAUAGGGCACUUGCACCUGGAUCAUGCGGGGGGGUUGGAUGAAUUCUUAGACCGAAAAGAUGUCGAGGUCUGGGUGCAUGAUAAGGAGCUACGGUCUGCGUUUUGGUCGGUGGCCACGGGGGCGGAUGUCGGUGUCUACCUGGAGAAUUACCUCAAGUUAGGCCUGAACUGGAAGACCUUUGAUGAGCAGACCUUUGACUUUUGUCAGGGCAUCACAUUGCACCAUCUACCAGGGCACACAGACGGUCUUGUUGGAAUGCAAAUCAACAUGCUCCAGACUGGCACGUUUUUCUUCAUCGGCGAUCAUUGCCACGUUAUUGAGAAUUGGCGAGAUGGCAUCCCCCAGGGCUGGCUGGCCCGGGACCACCCAGCCUGGUUCAGAAGCACUCAGCGCCUCAAACACCUGGAGCGGAUCACCAAAGGUCAAGUCAUCCCAGGCCACGACAAAGAAACGUUCCUCAGUCUUCAAAGGCAAGCCAAGGUGUUCACUUGA